UGUUAUCUCAUGGAGUGUACCUAGUUAUAUUCCAUCAGACUAUCCCAUUAUCACAUAUGAGAUAGGAUAUCAUAUCUUACAGUCUGAUAACUGUUUGAUGAUAAAUUAUGAUGACUUUAAUACUCAAAUAUUACGACUAUGUAAUUCAACUGAUACAUAUAUCUACAUUACUGGUCUUAAUGAUAUGUCUUACUUUAUUUUUGGUGUACGUGCAUACACUGUUAAUGGAUAUGGAGAAUGGACAGUUAUUGCUAAUGAGACACUAAAACUACCACUACAAUUAUCAUCUAACUGUGCUACAUCAGACAGUGUCAUUGCUCUUAGUGUGUUAGUGGGUAUAUUGUGUGGUCUACUAACUGUCAGUGUUGUUGUUCAUAUCUACUGCUUUAUAAGAAAGAAAAGUCUGUAUACUUAUAACAAGCAAACAAAAGCUUAUGAUGAUAUUGCAAUGCAAGUAUGUGAACCAUAUGAAAUUCACAAGACUAAACAAAGUGAAGAGAAUGAAGGAGUCUAUGAUGAAUGUCAAACAUCACCUGAUGAUGUUUAUGAGCGUAUGCCACAAUAAAUGUAUGUGCUAGAAUUACUUAAUAUAUAUACUAAACAUAACUUUUUAAACAUUUUCACUAGUUUUAGUGCAGCAGUUAUUUUUGUUUUGCAUAUACAGCUAUACAUUACAUAGUUUGUGUUUAAAGAGAAUAA